AUGACGCCUAUUGUAUGCCCUACCAUCAACGCGACGAACCAAGUGAAGCCAUUGGAGCGCUCAGCACCUGCUCAGGUUGGUCGCCAGAGGCGUAGUUUUGCUGCUGAAGUACAGGCGUGCUCGCUCCACCCAUGGGGCUUGACUGAUUACCACUUGUACCUGGCAACCAUCGAGCGAGGUCAGGAUUGGCAGACUCGCAUCGGCAACUUCAUGCUUCUGGAGGGCAACCGAUUCCGCCAAAUCUGGCUAGAUGAGCUCGCUGAUUCUAAGAGCUUCGCAUUCGCCCCUAUGAAGACCCGUCUCGUUGCCUUCGCUCUUCUACCUCUACUCCCGCACAGAGCCUCUGAGCUACCUACCCGCCAGUCACUGGUUCUGGGGUUCGAUCUACGGAACCAUCGUAUCCAGGCAUAUUUCUUUGAGUGUUGCCCGGAGGGUAUUGCUGAUCUCGGCUCUGCGUGGGAGGAGGGACAGCUCAUUAUCGAUGUCCAUGUCGACCGUUUUCUAGAGAUGUAUGUCUUUGUUUGUACCGUAGACUUGGAUAUUCUGUCAACCGGCUUAUUCAAUUACUUCCGUGAGACCACGCGUGAGCUCCCAGUCGGCUUGGACCUCGUCGUAGUGAUCAAGUUCGCAGAGCUUCUAAGCGACAUCGCCCACCUCAUUUGGGACGAUCCGCAGCCGUAUCGCGACUCACACCAUGGGUCUGACUUCAAGCUCCGCGACCUACUACGAAAGACUUCCUUCGACGCCUUGGUGGCAGCUGUUCGUCAGAACCAGACCUGUGAAGCUUACAGCCAGCAGCGGGACGGGAAGCCCAUUCUUACCCGUCAGCUGAUCUUGGAUGAGUCUCCUGCUUCUGAGCCGUCCCCUGUCGAGCAGGUGCCUGCUGUGCAUGUACAGGUUCAGCAGCCACAGGCUGUAAAGGGAGCCACCCCUCGCGCCCCUGUUUGGGCGCAGUCCUCAUGCGCUUACAGUAUGCUGCAGAUGGUGUCGCAGCUGACGCAGUAG